AAUAAUAUCUAUGGAAGGUGUUGAAGUAGCUGUUAACUGCGCAGUGUGUGGUCACUAGUAGAUGUAUCUACGAUGAGGCUUGUGGGUCUCGUGGAAGUUUUCGACUAUUCAAAACAUCUCUCUCUUCAAAAACGUGAGUCAGUCGUUUCUCUGACUCAUGCUCACGGCCAUGAUUUUCUUUUACUACAAAAUCCGCACAACAAAGCUGGCAUCAAAUACAAGCUUUCAGCAGAAAAUGUGGAGCAAGUAUUUUUUGGAGUCUUACGCAAAAGACAGCUUACCAUUAGGUUGAGGGAACCACCUCAUGAAGUGAGAAUAACUAAUAAUGUGAUUUUUAUUCAAAGCUUUGGAAAUCUUGUGAAGUUUCUAAGCAAACCAGUAGGUCCAUCAGAAACUGUAAAAGAGUCAAGCAGUCAGAAACAGUUGGAAGAUUUCAAAAAUAAGAAACAGUUGGAAGAUUUCAAAAAUAUGCCUCAGAACCUGAAAGUGCUUAAGCUCCACCACAUUGAAAUGGAUUAUCUUCCAGAUGAAAUUGCAGGACUUCAGCAACUUACUCACCUUGAAGUUGUAAACAGCAACCUGGUUGAAAUUCCAGCAUUUGUUGGCACUCUUCCCUUGACUGUGUUAAACCUCUCACGCAACAGAUUAGGUAUUAAAAGUAAUUGGGACUUCCUUGCAAGCCCUCUUCUGAAAGAGAACUUAAGACUACUUGAUUUACAGAACAAUAUGAUUCAGACUGUGCCCAAUGAAGUAGUGAAACUUAAUGGACUUUGGGGCUUACAUUUGGAUUAUAAUCUUUUACUUUCCAUUCCAAAUGGUGUUUUGGAAAUGAGGAAUUUACGGGACUACCUCCUGAAAACAGGCAAACUGCUACAGAACAAAAAUGUACACAACUAUAGUACCAGAGCGGAAUCAAAUAUACAUCAAAAAUAUCACAGAACAACCCCCUAUCAGAGGAGCAUAAUUAACAUUGGUGUAAUACUACACAAUAAGGCACUCAAUAUGGGAACUGCUCGCGACAUGGUAAAUGUCAAUACCUGCAUGCAGUUAAAUUGAAUCGCUGAGACAAAUUGUCAGGGAUGGCAUGACAGCAGCCCACUUUGGAAAUCUGUUCCUAGGGAUGUCUAUCUGCAGGUGUGAGCUAAUUAGAGAUGACAAUAUCUAGUGUAUGAUUUUUGUACAUGUUGUACCCACUAAUGUAACUAUGCCACAGUACAUAUUAUGAAUAAAAAAUUGUAGGGAUGCUCUAUUCACUGAUGUAUAUAGCUUUUCUACAUAUCGUGUAGUUUUUUCUCAGUUAUAUUCAUAAACCCCAAAGGUACGUAGGAAUAACUCUGUGUAACUGAAUAAUACAGUGUGUUUGGGAGAAGAGGAGGGAUCAGUCCAGUUUUUCGUUAGAUAGUAUGGCAGUAUACAGAAGUGUUGAAAAAGUAGAAUGUGUUGCUUAUUCAGUUGCAGUUCUGGGUGACUUCCAAUGCUUUAUUUUUUACUUGAAAAAAUAAAAAACUUCUACAUAAAAAACACAUAGGGACAGCUAUAUAGAACUGUUUCUGUCCAACCAGAGACUUUUGCUAUAUUGUCUCUUCUGCAUACUACCAGAAUAGCUAUAUGUAAACUAGGUUGAUCUCUUCCCUCCCCAACACACUACAUGUUUUCCAGUUAUAUAAUUUUACUGAAAACUUCAUCCUUAAAAAACUAUAAAAAUUACUGAAAGAACUGUGACCCUGUCAUCCCUGUUAUCUCAUUUGUUGUAUAGUGACAAACUUUACAUUGAACGUGUAAAUUGGCACACUCUUAGAUUAUAUUGGUGAUUGUAGAUUCUUUGUUUCAUAGUCUACCAGAGGAAGUAAAUAACAUGUUUGUAACGAAGACUAGAAACAUGGGCUGGAUAAAAUAAAAUGAAUUUUUGUGAAAUAUAGGCAAAAAUGUGUUUCCUUGUGUAAUAAACACUCACACUAUUUUGUAAAGUGAUAAUUAUGUUUAAGUCAAACACUCUUUCCACACCCUCUCUCUCUUCUCCGCCACCUAUAGCACUAAAAGUUUUGUUUAGUAUUUUCUAUUAAAAGCCAAAUAAAAUCUUUUGUUAUGAGAGAUUUUCUCGUCAUAAAAAAAUGGAGAAUGUGCUGCGUGGCUUAUGGUUUCUCAUCUACUUGUGGUGCCUUCUAAUUAUGAAGACAUUUAUUUCUGAUUCAUCAUGACAGUGCAGUGAAGACAAAGAACUUAACUGAUGUAUUUUCUGAUAAGAGCCAGUAGGUAUGUGACUGAAGGUGCAUGCAAUACUGUCUUUUAAUAUGAAUUGCCUUUCCCCCAUCCAUAUAAUUCAAAGGUAUUUUGAACAAGGUCAGCAGGGUAAAUUAAUAGGUGUUAUUAUUAUUAUUAUUAUUAUUAUUAUUAUUAUUAUU